UUCGCUCUUGCAAUUGUACCGGCCCCGGGUAGUACGAUGCCAGACUACAGCGACCUGGACCGACAAAUUGAGCAGCUGAAACGAUGCGAAAUCAUAAAGGAACACGAAGUGAAGGCCCUGUGCGCGAAGGCACGCGAAAUCCUCGUCGAGGAGGGCAACGUGCAGCGGGUCGACUCGCCGGUGACGGUGUGCGGUGACAUACACGGACAGUUCUACGAUCUGAAGGAACUGUUCAAGGUUGGUGGCGACGUGCCGGAGACGAACUACCUCUUCAUGGGCGACUUUGUCGACCGAGGAUAUUAUAGUGUAGAAACAUUCCUGCUACUGCUCGCGCUGAAGGUCCGCUACCCGGACCGCAUCACACUGAUCCGCGGCAAUCACGAAUCGCGACAGAUCACACAGGUGUACGGGUUUUACGACGAGUGCAUACGCAAGUACGGCUCGGUGACGGUGUGGAGGUACUGCACCGAAAUCUUCGACUAUCUCUCCCUGUCCGCCAUCAUCGAUGGGAAGAUUUUCUGCGUACAUGGCGGUUUGUCACCCUCCAUACAGUAUUUGGACCAGAUCCGAUCGAUCGAUCGCAAACAGGAGGUUCCGCACGAUGGCCCAAUGUGUGAUCUGCUGUGGAGCGAUCCAGAAGAUACACACGGUUGGGGAGUAUCGCCUCGCGGUGCCGGCUAUCUAUUCGGUUCCGACGUCGUGUCACAGUUUAAUGCAGCGAACGAUAUCGACAUGAUCUGCCGGGCGCAUCAGCUCGUCAUGGAGGGCUACAAGUGGCACUUUAACGAAACCGUACUAACCGUUUGGUCGGCACCCAAUUAUUGCUAUCGAUGUGGCAAUGUGGCGGCAAUUUUAGAACUGAAUGAAAACCUGCAACGUGAUUUUACAAUCUUUGAAGCCGCACCUCAGGAAAGCCGUGGCAUACCGUCUAAAAAACCUCAGGCAGACUAUUUCCUUUAA